GUAACUACAGUGUCAUAUUCGAUUCUUAUUAACGGCUCCCCAUCAGAGUACAUUAGACCCUCAAGAGGACUAAGACAAGGAGAUCCCCUAUCGUCUCUCCUUUUUGCUAUCUGUGCCGAGGGAUUUUCUAGCAUGAUUAGGAAAGCUACCUCAGUAGGAUACCUUGAAGGAGUCAGAAUCCAGCCUAGCUGCCCGGUAAUUUCCCAUCUUUUUUUCGCAGACGACUCAUACCUAUUCUUGUCAGCCUCACAGGAGUACUGUAUGUCUCUCCUUUCCCUACUACGGGCUUAUGAGGAGUUGAGCGGCCAACGAAUAAACUUAAAUAAAUCAGCUGUCCUUUUCAGCCACAACACAGACCCUUCUCAUGCUCAAAUUAUGGGUUCUCAAUUGGGUGUUGGAACCAUAGGAGAACACGACUCUUACCUAGGUCUACCAGCCAUCUUAUCUAAAUCAAAGAGGGAUACAUUCCAGUUCAUGGAGGAGAAACUCAUUAAGAAGUUGCAAGGGUGGAAACAACGUUCCCUUUCAAAAGCGGGGAAAGACACUCUUAUUAGAACAUCGGCCACUAUUAUACUAGUUUUAGGAAUGUCAUGUUUCAAGCUCCCCAAGGAAAACUAUAGACGAUUAAACAGCCAUGUCGCAAAGUUUUGGUGGGGUACGGCUCAAAAUUUAGAUCACCCAAUCCACUGGUUAUCCUGGAAAAGCUUUGCUCACAGCAAGUUCCAUGGAGGUCUUGGAUUUAGGGACUUUGAAGCCUUCAAUCAAGCAUUGCUAGCCAAACAAUGUUGGCGAAUAUGGACCAAUCCAACUUCACUCCUUUCCCAGAUUUAUAAGGGUCGAUACUUUACCCAAUGUUCGGUGUUGGAAGCAUCAAUCGGAUCAAACCCUUCGUGGGGUUGGAGAAGUCUACUCUUUGGAAGAGAUCUGCUCCUCCAGGGAUUAAGGUGGCAAAUAGGCAAUGGACAAAGAACUCGGGCGUUCAUUGAUAGCUGGGUUCCGGGGGAUAAACCCCUAAUCCCGAUUACACGACCCCACAUUCAAAAUGGAUCUCCUAUGGUAUCUUACUUUAUAAAAGAAGGUCGAGGGGAAUGGGACGUUCCAAAACUUCAAAAUUGCUUUGAACCUCACUCUGUUGAUCUCAUAAGGAGAAUUCCUCUCCCUCGUCUCUCGCAGCAAGACAUUAGAGUGUGGCACUAUUCCAAGGAUGGUAAAUAUACAGUCAAAUCGGGUUAUCACUUAGCUUUGGAAAGAAUAUUAGCUCCAAGUCGAAAACCGAUAGUGCAAAUCAUUGACCCCCCUAUUUGGAAAAAGACUUGGAACAUCCAAGUUUAGCCUAAACUCAAAUUCUUCAUAUGGCAAUGCCUCAAAGUCAUACUCCCCACAGUAGUAGCCCUUCAAUCUCGUGGAGUUAAUUGUUCUAACUGAUGCCCUGUCUGCUAGAGACAUCGAGAAAGUAUCGAACAUUUAUUUUUCAGAUGCCCCCUAGCCAUCAGAUUGUGGUCUUUAGUGGGAUUGAGCAACUUUAUUGAGACCGCCCAGAUUAUUAAUUUUAGUCUAUGGUGGCGACAUGUCAUGGUCUCUGAGACCUCCCCAUUCCACAUUCUCCAAUGCGUCUGUUUACUUUGGAGAAUCCGGAAGUCUAGAAAUGUGGUGACCUUUGAAUUUACCCAACCUCAUAUCCAUUCUUCAGCCAGACAGUUCUACAACCAGGUCCUCGAAUUUUCCAGUCUCCUUCCUCCCCCUCCACCCCGCAGCUCCAUCCUCCCAUCCUUGUCCGCCUCUUCUUGGGUUCCUCCACCGGAAGGCUUUUUGAAGGUCAAUGUCGACGCAGCGGUUAGUGCCUCCGGAUGCUCGUCUGGGCUUGUUUUCCAGGGCUCAGACGGGCAUGUGAGGUUGGCGAUCGGAUUACAGCAUCAAGGAAUAGUCAACCCUUAUCUGGCUGAGCUUCUUGCUUUUAGGGAUGCUAUCUCCUUUGUAGCCUCAAGAUCCUUAUCUCACGUGAUAGUCGAAGGCGACUCUGAAGUGGUUGUCAACCAAGUCCGUCAAGGCAUCUUAGAAGACUCGGUGGGUGGUUCGGUGCUUCGAGAGUGUCUCCAGAUUCUUAGCUCUUUUUCUGCUUGUAUAGAGUUUAGGGCAGUACUUAGAUCCGCCAACAGUGCGCCCAUAGAGUGGCGCGUAAAGCACUGCUUUUGUCUCCUGUAGAGCUAGAAUCUUUUGAUUUCUUGGGGGUAGCUUCAGUAGAGUCUUUUUGGGGUCCUGGGUAGAAUUGUAAGCUUAACUAUUUCUUCUUAUUGAUAUCACUCAGAAAAAAAAGUGGUACCGGGUGCACAAAUAAUAGAGUUCAGUGGUACCCGACGCCCUAUUCAAAUUUAAAUGAUAUGUUUGCCCCAACUCUCAAACUUCAGUGGUACUCAAGGUAUUUUACCCGCGAGUUUCCAGUAUAAGCUCGACCCGACUUGACGCGAAGUCUGGCACGUUGGUCGCACGCACCUGAUGUAUUUUUGGGCUAUAUUACAAUUUAACCCACCUGUAGGGGUUUUCAAAUGGUUACCGUGGUAAUAAACAAACUAGUUAAGC